CCUGAACACGUCUUGCUCAUUUGUGCGUUUAACUAUAACGUAAAUCAAAGUGACACAAUUAAACAAUAUAAUCACAUUGAUCACUACAAAAAUCCGAAGAGAAAUGUCACUAUAAUUGGAUAGAACAAGCGAACACAAAUGGGACGACAUUCUGACAGUGAUGAUGACAGAAAAAAGAGAAAGAAGAAAAAGAAGAAGAGAUCAAGAUCAAAGUCACUCAGUGGUUCAGACAGUAGCUAUGUAAGCUAUAAACACAAGAAGAGUAAAUCAUCGAAAUCAAGAAGACGAUCAAGAUCCAUUUCAAGAGGAAGAGACAGAAGGUCAAGGUCACGCAGUAGAGGUCACCGUCGGAGGUCAAGAAGCAUAGAUCGUUAUUCAAGAUCAAGAAGUAGGGAAAGGUAUUCCAGCAGGAGAAGAUCUAGAUCUGGUAGCAGAGGUCACAGUUACCGACGUUCAAGGUCAAGAGAGCGAUAUCAGAGGUCAAGGUCAAGGACUCCGGACAGAUAUAAAUCAAAACCAAAAAGGAGGUCAAGAUCGAUAGAGAGAGUGAAAGGUUCCAGUAGGUACAACUCUGCAAGUCCGUCUUCCUCAUCGAAGGGAAAGGACAGCAAAGAAGAUCCUGCUGAAAUGAUUCCUGGUUUCCAUGAUAUGACACCUGCUGAGCAGACAAAGCUAAGGCUGCAGUUGGCACUAAAGGCUGCUGCUGCAGCAGAUGAGAGGAUCAAGGACCAGAUAAAAGAGAGCCAGUUUGGUGGGGCAUCUACAGUGGAGGAUCAGAUGAAAUUCUCCAGCGCAGUGAAAGACAUAGAGAGCUCCACCUUUGUACCUACAAGUUUCAAGUCAACCAGAUCAGACCGCCCCAAUACUGAUGAUAAGAAAGACGACUUCCUGUUUGGAACUGCUGGUGAAAUCCGAGCUGACAUGACACCCCGGAAACCUCUCAUUAUACACGACCUGAACACACUCUCUCAUCCUAAUCUACAUGUUGACCCUGAUGAGAAAAUGAAGCGCUGGAUAGAACGUCUUACAAUGCUACGGAAAAAGAAACUAGAGGGAGAAGUGAUUGACUGAGGAGGAUUGUAGAUGGAUGGGGACAUUAUUACUUAUAAAGACGUGUCAAUGCAGUCAAACAAGAACAGAAUUCAGUAUAUGUGUACUAUAAAGCCUUUCAAGACUUUCACUUACUGAGAGCAUUGAUAUGAUUUUACGUGCCCAAAUUAGCCUUGAAUCUUGUAUAAAUUUGCAAAGACACAUCUAUUUUGUGAUCAGUUUAAAUUUUGACUUGAUCCUUAAAUCUAUGAUUUGACUUUUUGAAAUUGCUAGAUGUCAUGGGUAAAUAUAUACACAGGCAUAUGCUUCUGGUUAGUAUUAAUAGAAAAAGUACUAGCCCCUACUCCUACUAUAACAACAAUGUGUAAUACUUGAAAAGUCGGAAGUGGGGGUUGAGCUUCGAUUCACUUCGAAUUUAAGUUCAAUCCGACUGAAAUAUCAAAUGCACACAAACUUCAGUAAUGCACCUUGGUUAAGAAUCCUUAAAUAUCAAUGCAUGUGUUUUAUUUGUCUGAUCUGCAAGUGUUACACCUUGUUGUUAUAGUAAUAGGGGCUAUUUUUUCUAUAAAUACCACAAUCGGACGCCUGUGGUAUAUGUAUUAGAAAGUGUUAUUGUCAAUCGAGAAAGAUCAUCAUAAUCAUACAUCUUUACAAUGUUGUUUGCAGAUUUAAUAGAUAAAUACUUAUAUAUUAAUUAGGUGUAACAAAUAUAAAGUAAACGGAUAAUGAGCCCAGACCCAGACCCUUCAAACUAAAAUUUAGACAUCCAAGUCUACCAAAUUGUACACAUUGGCAUGAGGAUAGUACAAGGUGUAAAAUAGAAAUUUGAGUUCUCUUUUUCAAAUACAAUAAUGUAUACAAAAUCUCUGCAGUUACAUCUGUAUUUGUUUAUAGAUGGGUGGACACACUGGUUUAGGUUUUAUAUGUUUGGAAGAUUGGAUGAUAAAAUCUCACAUGAAACAAAACAAAAAAAAUGGAAUAAAUCUUUAAUAAAGCAUUUAUCUAAUCGA